GUGAGAAGAAUGGGCUCCAUGUCGGAGGAACUCAGCCUGGUCCCUCUGCACCGGAGGCCGGAGCUGCUGGAGGCCUGCGCCAAGCUGCUGGGCGAGGAGUGGGGGAAGAGCCGGGCGUCGCGGCUCCACACGCUCCAGCGCUCCUCGGAUGCCUUCCCCAUCUGCCUGCUGCUGCUGCGGAGCCGGGGCCCUGCCGAGGCCCUCGCCGCCCAGGAGGGUCCCUGCCAGCUUGUGGGCCACGUCCGGCUCUCUCGCGUGGCCGGCCAUCCCCGCGACCUUUUUGUGGAGAGCGUGGUGGUGGCCCGCGCGCUGCGGGGCCAGGGCUAUGGGCGGCAGCUGAUGGAGGCCACCGAACGGUGGGCCCGGGCCCGGGGCUUCAGCUGCCUUCAUCUUACUACCCACGACAAGCAGCAUUUCUAUGCCCACCUGGGCUUUGUCCUGGGCAAGCCGGUGCAGAGCGUGGGGUUCCUCAGCCCCGCCAUACCUGCUGAGGUGCUGCGGCUCUUCUCCGCCCCUCCUGGCACUGCCACUGCCACCGCCACCAGGCCAAGGGUGCCCUCUGUCCCCCCUCCU